AUGCGUUCUUCAGCACUGUUGAAACAGAUUGCACCGCUUGUAAGUCGUACAUGGUACCGUCUUAGUUCAGUAACGGCGCAUUCGGAAUUACUACUUCAUACUGACCCGGUUCUUCCAGUUAUUGAUUUUUCAUCAUUUGCAAGUAAAAAUGAUACAAAUGAUUAUCCUCGUGAUAUAAUCGAGAAACUAGCAAAUGCCUGCGAACAUGUUGGAUUCUUUUAUGCUAUUGGGCAUGGAAUAUCGAAUGAAUUACUUCAACGAACACUAUCUGUAACGCGUCAAUUAUUUAAUCUUGAUUCUAAAAUAAAAAAUCAAUAUGCUUCUCGUUCAUUUGUUAAUUCGCCCAAAGUCGGUAAUCUAUUAGGUGGUCUCGGUCGUGGCUAUCAAAGUGUAGGAGAAAAUGUUACAAAUUCCCUACGUGACCGUCACGAAGGUUUUGAUCUCUAUCGUGAAUUAGACUCAAAUCAUCCAGCACGUUUGCAAUUCAAUAAGAAAAACUCGUCAAAUAAAAACCUACCUGAUUAUCGUGAAAUGGCAAUUGGGUGGAACCCAUGGCCAAAAGAAUUUCCAUUAUUUAAAGAAACGAUAAAUGAAUACAAGUCAGAAAUGUUACAAGCUGGUGCACGCGUAAUGCGUGGGAUUGCUCUUUCAUUGAAUUUGCCAUUAAAUCAUUUUGAAUCAACAUUUAAUGAUUCGUUUUGGGUUAUUCGAUGUAUUCGUUAUCCAUCGGUAUAUCCAGAGGACAUGAAAUCACCAGAAUAUGGUCAUGGAUGUGGCGAACAUGCCGAUUAUGGUUGGUUAACAUUUGUUAAUCAAGAUCUUGAUUCACGUAAUUGUCUUCAUGUUCGUACUAAUGAUACAUCAAAAGCAACAUACGUAUCAGCUGAUCCGAUUGUUGUUGAAGAACAAAUCGCUUUAACAUGUAAUAUUGGUGAUAUACUUGCAUUUAUUACUAAAAAUAAAUAUCGUUCAACGCGCCAUUGUGUUGUUAAUCCUGUUAAACCAGCUCGAGAACGUGUUUCUACUCCAUUCUUUUUUGAACCAAAUAUUGAUGCCAAAUUACGUAUUAAUGAUACAACUCCGGAAUGUUAUUAUGGAGAAUAUUUAAUAAAUAAAGUUCGAAAUAAUUUCAAUUAUGAUAAUAAUCAAACUCAAUGA